UAAUGUCACAAAAUAUUUUGACACAAAUGGAAGAACGGACUGGACCAACAAGAUUGCAACUAAACUGAAAGCAUAUCAAACAAUAUGAAAAAAGAAUCAAAACAUCCCGUGGAAAAAUAUUUUCACAAAAUUACUAAAUACCACUUAUAUUUCUUUACGCUUCUUUUCUUGGCGAAGAUACCAGUCUUCUGGCAUGUACUCAGUUUACUAUUUAUGACUCCACCCAUGACUUAUACUUGCGAGGGAAAAAAUGGAACCGACGUAUGUCCCUGUGCGAAACCAAUAUGGAAUACUAGUAUUUUCAGUAAAACCGUGCAAACUAAAUAUGACAUCUAUUGCGACACAAAAUGGAUGGUCAGUAUCAUGCAAAGUAUGCUAUUUUUUGGGACCCUGAUAGGAGCAUUCACAUUCGGCUUCCUGUCAGACAAAUACGGGCGCCUGUCUUCGUUCCUAUUGAGCUGUGCUGUAGUCGGUGUAGCUGGAUGUCUGGUUGCCUACAUGCCCACACCUACUUUGUUUAUGGUCGUUCGAUGCAUUGAAGGUAUAGGCGUUGGAGGUGCCAUUGUCACUAGCUACGUCCUCUUGGUCGAAUACUGUGGGCUCAGUUACAGAGAAAGUGUGACUGCUCUGUUUCACAUCCCUCUCAAUGUCAGCCACAUGAGUCUGGCAGGCGUAUCGUACCUUAUAAGAGAUAGCGAUACGUUCCAAUUGUUUUUAUCCGUGCCAGUUUUCCUGACUUUAACGUUAUUCUUUUUGUGCAAUGAAUCUCCGAAGUGGCUGCUUGAUAAUAAUAGAGUGGAUGAAGCAGCAAAAAUCAUGGAAAAAAUUGCGAAAUUCAACAAAGCUCCCUCGUACCACAUCAGGGGUGACUUACAAGCGUACGCAUCUCAACAAACUGCACUGCAAAUAAAAAAAGCAAAAUUCUUUCAAAUAUUUCAAUACAGACGACUGACUAUUAACCUGUGCUGUAUGGCUUUCAUAUACUUUACAUGUGGCAUGGGAUACUACGGAGUAUCGCAGUAUAUAGGACAGAUGAGUGGGGACAUUCAUUCGAACGUGGCCAUGUCAGGGUCCCUUCUUAUACCAGGUACAUGCAUUGCUGCGUACUCACUGCAGAAAUUUGGACGGAGGUCUUUUUUAAUGACGACUUGUUUCCUAUCAGGUACACUUAUGCUAAUGGUAAUUCUUAUACCAGUAACCGCGAAUAUAGCGCGAGUACUGGUGGCAUGUGUUGGGUGCAGUGUGUUCUUCAUGUCAUUCAUUAUUGUCUUCUUGUAUGGAGUCGAAUUGUUCCCCACUACUAUUAGAAAUUCUGUGUUAGGUUUUUUAUCAGUGAUGUCGCGAGUUGGUCAGAUAGCUGCGCCCCCUAUAAAUUCUUUACCUCAGAUAAUUUCGGGAGCUACAUUUGGUAGUAUGGCUAUUAUUGGAGGAUUCUUAUGUUUGUUUCUACCUGAGACAAAGAAUACAGAACUGCCCUCAACUUUGGAAGAAACGAGGAAUUUAUCUAAUCGAUGAUAACGUAAUUAACUAUAGAUAGGUACUGGUCGUUUUAUGUACAGGUUAUUUAGUAUGCAGGUAAGAAAAUGAACUCAAUAUAGAGACUAGCAGUUGUUGUUUUAAAAGUUUUUUAACGAAGCUAUAUCUUGUCUAACUUUAUUGGUCGGCUCAGUAGUCAACGUCAACCAAUAGCUUUUUUUUCCCCGUUCCUUCUCUUGCUUUGAGCCGGAGCCCCGGUAACCUUU